AUGAACAGAGAGAUGGAUUAUGAAGGAAAGCAGGGAGAGAGAGAGAGUGUUGGGGAAUACGGCAUGGGGUAGGAAUUUGGAAUGUGAAAUGACUAAUGCAAUUGCUCAACCCACAACAAGAACAUGCAAUGCCUAGAGCUAUGACAGGGCUGAGUGCAUACCUCUAUGGAGGGGCCUACCACUGAAGUAUAGGUGGCUGGAUGGGGAGUUAUUACUGGUGGUUGACUGGGAGGGUGUUGAGGAGUUUGGGUACAAAUAGGUGUUAUGUUGGUGGGUAAGGGUAACUACAGGUAGAACUCAUGAAAGUCCCACGUGAGAGAAUACCUAUGCUGUGUUUGUGUUUUGUAUCACUGAGUUUUCUGACAUUGUUUUCUGACAGUUUCAUGUCUCAAACAGUACAGCCUCCCGUGCAGGGUUGAAGUGGCACCCUGAGGGAGACCAUGCGGUGCAUUGGAGACCGAGCCAAGACCUCAGAGACAAGUACACAGAGGAGAGAAACAUAAAUCGACAGUAGAUAUGAUGCAGGACAGAUGAAAAGAACUGCUUUAGUGAAUUCAUUUCACACACAUGAAAUAUGUAUCAACCCCUACAAAAAAUGUCCAUGAAUUAUAAUCCACAUAAUAAUUCACAUUUCCUGUUGCUGCAGGAUUAUUUUCCUGCUGUAGCAAACUGGCUCAAAUUAAAAUCCUACAUCUGUAAGCCCUUGGCAAUCCCUUCUUCCAUGGCUGAGGGCUGCUGAGGGCUGGCUAAGGGCUGGGAAAACUGGUAGGGGAGGCUGUUCCCAUGAGCCCCAUGGCUGCAGUGGAGGGAACACCUGGAGCACCAACACAGCUGAUUGCACUGCAGCUAUGGUGAUAGGAGACCACGAUAAGCCCCCCUAUACCUCCCUAUCUGACUCUCCCUGCCUCCCCCUUUCUCUCAGCGCACAAUAUAUAUACACACUCACACACUACAUUGACACUCUCACACAAAACCCUCACACAUUCACAUACUGUACACUACAUACGCACACACACACACACGCAUACCGACAACACAAACACACACAUACCGACACAACACACACACACACAAUAUGCUGCUGCUGCUACUCUGUUCUUUAUUUCACUCUUAUUAUUAUCCAUCCUGAUGCCUAGUCCCUUUACCCUGCCUUCAUGUACAUAUCUACCUCAAAUAUCUCAUACCUAUGCACAUUGAUCUGGUACUGGUACUCCCUGUAUAUAGCUCAUUUCUUGUGUAUUUUAUUCCUCUUGUGUUACCAUUUUCCUUCUUAUUAUAAUUGUUUAACUCGUUGGGAAGGGCUCGUAAGCAAGCAUUUCACGGGUUAAAUCUAGACCCGUUGUAUUCGACGCAUGUGACAAAUCAAAUUUGAUUUGACACACACACACACACACACACACACACACACACACACACACACACACACACACACACACACAGUGUAGGCCUGACCUCCAUUACAAGCACAAACAAAGCUUUCCCAGAUCAACAAAGUCCAGAACAGGAAAAUAGAGAUAAGGUCCAGAGCUCUGUGUUCUCAACACAUGACAUCUGGUGGUGCUAUGAACAUACAUAUAUUCAUACUGUAUGGGAUAUUUACAUUCAUGUGGUAUCACCUGAAAUUAUAUUUGAUUGUGAAACUAAGAUUGGCAAUACAUUAUUUGUUGAGAGAAAAAUUACCCCAUGUAUAGAUAUAGGAUCUUAAUUUGAGCCAUUUUGCUACAGCAGGAAAAAAAUCCUGCAGCAACAGGACAUGUGAAUUAUUAUGUGGAUUAUAAUUAAUGGAAAUGUUUUGUAGGGGUUGAUACAUUUUUCAUUAAGGCAAAUCGAGUCUGACAUUUUAAAGUGGAAAAUACAAGUUUGCAUUUCCUGCUGUGUGGGGAAAUUAGUGAUAACCUCUAAGUUAUUGGAUAAUAAUCAAAUACGUGGACACAUAAAAGUGGUAGUUUUGAUAUCUACAUUUUCAUCAUAGAACUAAUUCCCCCAAUUCAUUCAUUUCAGUAUCACAAGUAAAGUAUUCAUCAAUCUAUCAUCUAUCUUUUCUUUUGACUUUCCCAAAACCACAUUUUAAGACUCAUUGACACGUAUGACUUGAUGAUGAGAGUGUGGUUAAACCCUAGUGCAUGACUGUGGAUCGGAAGCUGUCACUCUGUGUAAUGCUACUGGCAGGCAGGGGAAGCCUGGUGAGGUGCUCUAUGGUGCUCCUCUCUGUGCCAUGUUGCUGUUUACCUUCUCUCCCUGGGAGAGCAGAGAGCAGGGGGACGGCAUGUCAUCCAGUCAUGGGGGUGGACGUGAUCUCUCAUCCUCACCGAGACAGGUGUCACCACUCCUAGGUGGUAUGGCCACAGGGCUGUGUGUGUGUGUGUGUGUGUGUGUGUGUGAGGCUGACAGCUGCAUGAUCCAUGCUCCCUGUGCUCUCUCAGGCCAGAAAGGCAGCAGGUAGAGAGAGAGAGGGGGGGGGGGGGGGAGAAGGAGAGGGCGCGCUCUCUCACCCCUGUGCUCCAUUACAGCCAAAGAGCAGCAACAAAUGCCAGUCGAACCCCUCUCCUUGGUCCCCAUAGACCUUAUGAAUUUUCCCUCUCCUAUUUGACAGGCACUCAUCUGCUAUCAUUCAACCUCUCAUCACGGCUUCAAAGACAAGCGGAUCAUUUCCCUCAGGAGAAUGAGAAGAUCAGUGUUGCCUUCCAAAAAAUGACUGGUAUCCAAACAUCGUUGCCCUGAAGCAAUUUAGCUCCUCAUAAUUGGGCUCUUCAUUUUGUCUCUCCGGGGCUAUGAUUGUAGAGUUAUAAUGUAUUAUUUUGCCUGAGAAGGAUCAUUCAGUGCAUUAAAUAUAAGUGAUUUAAUAACAUAUCAUUUUCCCUUUAUGUAUAAAACAAAGGCAUAGGGGACUCAUUCAAUGGGACGGGUGAGUUCCUCCACCUAACAACAGUGCUGCUGCCAUGGUGUCUAGCCAGGAGAGGGAGACUGAUCCGGCUCAAAAUCCUCUCUAGUUCCAGGAAACUGCUUUUGACAGCCCCAGGGGUCCAGCCCUGGCAUCAGGAAAUAGGGUGCCUUACUGCUGGUUCAGAAAAGGGGCCACACACACACAGGGCUAAACAUCUCCACCAUCCAGCUUCACACUAGACCUAUCCUGAAAACCUCAACAACAAACCCUAAUUCAACCCUACCUACACAGUCCUUCUUUGGCUCUUUCCCCCAUAGGUGGGUUCAGUGACUGAUGACAUUGAGAGCUGAACGUAACAGAAUAGGGGAGUUUAGCAGGAGCGGGGUUGAAACGGACACAUGAUGAUGACUUGGUCAAUCAGAGUGAAGCGAGCAUUCUCCACACCUGGAAUCUAGGUGUCAGUAUCUGCCUGUAGUGCUCAGGUGUGGGGGGGAAGACCGGUAAGCUCUGCUCCUCCUUUCUCCAGGGCUGAAAGAUAGAGGACAGACAGUGAGGACCCUACGACCUCAGAAGGGAGGCAAAUACGCCCCACAUAAUCUGCCAAAGGGCUCAUAGGGGCCCUUCCUCUCCUUCUCUACUUGUCUGAGCUACAUGUUAAAACUGCACAUAUCCCACCACUGCCCUGGGGAGGUGUUAUGACAACCGAAAAUGGUGAGCAGCAAGAGCAAGAAGUGGCUUGAACAGGAAUCAUGUUUUUUGACAUGUGGGGGUGGGUUAAAACAGGCCUCUGUUGAGAAGCAAGUAGCCUGGAGAGACAAGUGUCAACCAUCAACCAACAGGCUCAGCAAACCAUCUCUCUCAUGAUAGGUCGGUUGUGCUGUGUGGGGUAAACAAUAACACAUUAUAGAGACAUUAAGAGCCAAUUCCCCUGAACAUAUAGUAUCUACCAAUGGGACACCUGCACUUGUUUGCUGCUCUGCUUAUAACCUCAUGCAUCCCCAGUGGUAGGCUGAUGGAGCGUAGGAGAGAGAGAGAGCUGAUGUGAGGUGUGGUUUUGUAGGGGUGCCAGGGAUUGCCCCAGGAUGAUUCUCUCUUCUGGAUCACUAAGGAUCCAUUGUUAACAUCUCAGGGGGGGAAAAACACCACUCAGUCACAGCAUAAUUCUGAGAAAUCAAACCACGUCUGUUUCACACACUUAUUGAAAGGGAGAGCGAAUUUGAUGGGCAGCUUAACAAACAAUCUGACACCUUACCUCAUCCUCAUUCAUCCUGGGUGCAGCCGUUUGUGACUUCUCCCAAUUUCAUCUGCCCGUGGAAAGUUUGAUAUCAUUAUUGUUGGUAUGUCUGUAUCCGCGGGCAGAGGAGGGAAUCUGGGACGGACAGACAAGUGUAUUCCGACACCAAUCUGUGGAAAAGGGGAUAAUUAGACAAAGCCAGGGUGAGCUGACAAAACUUCGCCUGGAGACGUCUUCUCAUUAAGUCUUUCCAGUUACAUGUGUCUCCCCGUCAACAGAUGAGCCUAUGCCUCACUCAAGCCCUGGUCGGAUUGAGGGGGAGAGGAUGGUUUUUGUUUCAACAGAAAGCACACUGUCAGUGAUUCAGCUUAAGGGUAUGAUAUAUGACAUUAAUGUCAAAGCUGACAAUUGAUGUAGUUCAAUAAGUCUUUUACUUUUGUUAUGGUAGUCUAAGCAUCAAAUGAACCAAAAUAGAAACAUGAUUUAAAAGCAUCACUCAAAUCUAGAAAGCUCACUUCCACUUCAUAAAUGUAGGCUAUUAUCAUGCCAUAUUUUAGUGUUGAAAGAUAGUGAAAGGUAAGAGAGAAAACAUGAUGAUAUGCAUAAAAUUGCAUUAACUUGAAAUAAUUGUAUUUAGCCUAUUUCCUAAAUGUUCUGCUUCUACAUUAUGUUUGAUUGGAGCUGUCGAGCUACCUGUACCUGCCUCGUAGUGUCGCUGCAGCAGUUCUUUGGCUUUAAUCACUCGGUGGAACUUCCGUAAUGCCAUUUCCGUACACAAAUCUUCUCAACUGAUGACGUGUGCAUUGCACAAAAAUCCACUUGUUUUUAGUUUCAGAAUAAAACCGGCUAAAGGUAUUCCUCUAUAGACCGAGGGUAUUUUUUGUGGAUUGUGGCUUGAAACAUAAAGGAAAAUGGAGACAUUGUACCAUCAAACAAAUAAGUGAGUGUUUCUGUUCUCUUUUCAAAAAACAGUCAGCUAGCUAGCUCACUUGCCUUGACGUACCGUUUUUGUAACUAGCUGGCUAGCUAACAACAGACACUGUCAUUUCAUGACAAAUAUAUUUGUAACUAACCCCUUCAAUUAGUGGUCAUGAUGUCAACAGGAAACUAGCUAGCUAACCAACUAAUAGAUAGCCAUAGAUCCAUGUCCAACAAUAUUAAACUUAUCACUACUGUAACGGUACGCCGCGUUCAAAACUGAACUCAGACGUCAUAUAUAAUAUACAGUGAGGGAAAAAAAGUAUUUGAUCCCCUGCUGAUUUUGUACGUUUGCCCACUGACAAAGACAUGAUCAGUCUAUAAUUUUAAAGGUAGGUUUAUUUGAACAGUGAGAGACAGAAUAAGAACAACAAAAUCCAGAAAAACGCAUGUCAAAAAUUUUAUAAAUUGAUUUGCAUUUUAAUGAGGGAAAUAAGUAUUUGACCCCUCUGCAAAACAUGACUUAGUACUUGGUGGCAAAACCCUUGUUGGCAAUCACAGAGGUCAGACAUUUCUUGUAGUUGGCCACCAGGUUUGCACACAUCUCAGGAGGGAUUUUGUCCCACUCCUCUUUGCGGAUCUUCUCCAAAUCAUUAAGGUUUCGAGGCUGACAUUUGGCAACUCGAACCUUCAGCUCCCUCCACAGAUUUUCUAUGGGAUUAAGGUCUGGAGACUGGCUAGGCCACUCCAGGACCUUAAUGUGCUUCUUCUUGAGCCACUCCUUUGUUGCCUUUGCCGUGUGUUUUGGGUCAUUGUCAUGCUUGAAUACCCAUCCACGACCCAUUUUCAAUGGACUGGCUGAGGGAAGGAGGUUCUCACCCAAGAUUUGACGGUACAUGGCGCUGUCCAUCGUCGCUUUGAUGCGGUGAAAUUGUCCUGUCCCCUUAGCAGAAAAACACCUCCAAAGCAUAAUGUUUCCACCUCCAUGUUUGACGGUGGGGAUGGUGUUCUUGGGGUCAUAGGCAGCAUUCCUCCUCCUCUAAACACGGCGAGUUGAGUUGAUGCCAAAGAGCUCGAUUUUGGUCUCAUCUGACCACAACACUUUCACCCAGUUCUCCUCUGAAUCAUUCAGAUGUUCAUUGGCAAACUUUAGACGGGCCUGUAUAUGUGCUUUCUUGAGCAGGGGGACCUUGCGGGCGCUGCAGGAUUUCAGUCCUUCACGGCGUAGUGUGUUACCAAUUGUUUUCUUGGUGACUAUGGUCCGAGCUGCCUUGAGAUCAUUGACAAGAUCCUCCCAUGUAGUUCUGGGCUGAUUCUUCACCGUUCUCAUGAUCAUUGCAACUCCACGAGGUGAGAUCGUGCAUGGAGCCCCAGGCCGAGGGAGAUUGACAGUUAUUUUGUGUUUCUUCCAUUUGCGAAUAAUCGCACCAACUGUUGUCACCUUCUCACCAAGCUGCUUGGUGAUGGUCUUGUAGCCCAUUCCAGCCUUGUGUAGGUCUACAAUCUUGUCCCUGACAUCCUUGGAGAGCUCUUUGGUCUUGGCCAUGGUGGAGAGUUUGGAAUCUGAUUGAUUGAUUGCUUCUGUGGACAGGUGUCUUUUAUACAGGUAACAAACUGAGAUUAGGAGCACUCCCUUUAAGAGUGUGCUCCUAAUCUCUACUCGUUACCUGUAUAAAAGACACCUGGGAGACAGAAAUCUUUCUGAUUGAGAGGGGGCCAAAUACUUAUUUCCCUCAUUAAAAUGCAAAUCAAUUUAUAACAUUUUUUUGUUGUUAUUCUGUCUCUCACUGUUGAAAUAAACCUACCAUUUAAAAUUAUAGACUGAUCAUUUCUUUGUCAGUGGGCAAACGUACAAAAUCAGCAGGGGAUCAAAUACUUUUUUCCCUCACUGUAUAUGUAUGUGUGUGUAUAUAUAUAUAUAUAUAUUUUUUUUUUUCUAGUUGUCUUGAAAGCGCAAUGAAUUCACUGUCUUUAGCUUACGUAUGUAUCUAGCGUGUGUUUUCAAUUGCCACAUACUACUUUGUCUAGUUCCUUGUGUAUUCCAUAGACCUGUAUCUAAUAUUAUGUUUCCAUAGAGCUUCCAUAUAGACCUCUGUUUAAUAUUUAUGGUAGCCUAGUAUAUUUGAGGAAUAAUUAUAUAUCUUUGCUCUUUGUCCUUUUUGAUCAGGCAAAUCCAGGAGGUGCAGUCGUACAUGGGACGCCUGGAGAACACAGAUCGUCAGUCUGUCCACUGUGAGUUCACUCAUUCUAAAAAAAUGUAUCUUCUCUGCAUUCAAUGGAUGUUGCAAGUGUCAACCUUUGUUCCACCAUCCAUCCUAUCUACACUGAACAAAAAUAUCAAUGCAACAUGUAAAUUGUUGGUUGCAUGUUUAAUGAGCUGAAAUAAAAGAUCCCAGAAAUGUUAGAUAUGCACAAAAAGCUUAUUUCUCUAAAAUGUUGUGCACAAAUGUGUUUACAUCCCUGUUAGUGAGCAUUCUCCUUUGCCAAGAUAAUCGAUCCACCUUACAGGUGUGGCAUAUCAAGAAGCUGAUUAAACAGCAUGAUCAUUACACAGGUGCACCUUGUGCUGGGGACAAUAAAAGGCCACUCUAAAAUGUGCAGUUUUGUUACACAACACAAUGCCACAGAUGCGUGCAAUUGGCAUGCUGACUGCAGGAAUGUCCAAUAGAGCUGUUGCCAGAGAAUGUAAUGUUAAUUUCUCUACCAUAAGCCGCCUCCAACAUCGUUUACAGAAUUUGGCAGUACGUCCAACUGGCUUCACAACCGCAGAGCACAUGUAACCAUGCCCAGCCCUCACAUUCUUCACCUGCAGGAUCGUCUGAGACCAGCCACCCAGACAGCUGAUGAAACUGUGGGUUUGCACAACCGAAUAAUUUCUGCACAAACUGUCAGAAACCGUAUCAGGGAAGCUCAUCUGCGUGCUAGUUGUCCUCACCAAGGUCUUGAUCUGACUGCAGUUCGGCGUCGCAACCGACUUCAGUGGGCAAAUGCUCACCUUCGAUAGCCACUGGCAUGCUGGAGAAGUGUGCUUUUUCACGGAUGAAUCCCGGUUUCAGCUGUACCGGGCAGAUGGCAGACAGCGUGUGGGCGAGCGGUUUGCUGAUGUCAACAUUGUGAAGAGAUUGCCCGGUGGUGGGGUUAUGGUAUGGGCAGGCAUAAGCUAUGGACAACAAGCACAAUUGCAUUUUAUGGAUGGCAAUUUGAAUGCACAGAGAUACUGUGACGAGAUCCUGAGGCCCAUUGUCGUGCCAUUCAUCCGCCGCCAUCACCUCAUGUUUCAGCAUGAUAAUGCACAACCCCAUGUCGCAAGGAUCUGUACACAAUUCCUGGAAGCUGAAAACGUCCCAGUUCUUCCAUGGCCUGCAUACUCACCAGACAUGUCACCCAUUGAGCAUGUUUGGGAUGCUCUGGAUCGACGUGUACCACAGCGUGUUCCAGUUCCCGCCAAUAUCCAGCAACUUCGCACAGCCAUUGAAGAGAAGUGGGACAACAUUCCACAGCCCACAAUCAACAGCCUGAUCAACUCGAUGCGAAGGAGAUGUCACGCUGCAUGAAGAAAAUGGUGGUCACACCAGAUACUGAUUGGUUUUAUGAUCGAGGCCCCUACCUUAUUUUUAAGGUAUCUGUGACCAACAGGUGCAUAUCUGUAUUCCCAGUCAUGUGAAAUUUAUAGAUUGGGGCCUAAUGAAUUUAUUUCAAUUGACUGAUUUCCUUAUAUGAACUGUAACUCAGUAAAAUCUAUAAAAAUGUUGCAUGUUGUGUUUAUAUUCUUGUUCAGUAUAAUAAGAUACCACUGUCAGAAUGGCUUUGCUCUCCUGAAGUAUCAGCUGGAAAUUCAGAUAAUUAUAAAUACAUGAUAAAUUCUGAAUUUACAACUAGACAGCAUGUGCAUCUGAAGGAGGAAACCGUUUCCUUCUCCCUUCUUUUCCCCUUUUCCAGUGUUGCGCAGCCCUUUUAGCCAGGCUGUACCCUGCCCUCCCUACUGAUUGUUUUGGGAGGUGGGCAGGGCGGGCGGUGUUCUGUGAGCCAGGCUGGUGCCAGGGCAGGAAGCAGAGGGGUGGGGGCAGAGGGACGACUGGGAAGGCUUCUCUAAAGAUAAUGGUGGCAGCCAGUCGGCCGCCCAGUCUUGACAAUGACAUCAUCUCGCAUGUUAGAGGGUGGAAGGAUGAAGGAUGCAGCACGCGUCCGAGCGAGGAGUCACUCAGUCAGGGUGGGAGAGGGAGAAGGGUGGGGGUGGGGGACAAGAUGGUGCUAGUCCUUUUAAAGGGCAGAUAAAAGCUUCCCACAAGCCUAGUGCUGCUGUCACCUUGGAAUCAAACGCUAUCUAGAAUCUCAGCAGUCUGAGAAUGAAACGGGUGUAACGAUGGAUAUCUGACUACAAAUAAGAAUCAGUUGCUGAUUUGCCUUCAUGAAGAGAUUAUGUACAAGGCCCUUUGUUUCAAUGUGGAUUAACUUUCUCUGCAAAGUUUGAGGAAAUAACACAUUUGCUUUCAUCACUCUCUUGGAUUCACCUGAAACUGUGGGGCUAAAUUCCAUGGUAGUAUGGAAUGGGGAAACUAACUACAGUAUGACAAACCACUGACAUAAUCUGGCUUGUCUGAUUUAUUCUAAUGAACAUAACUAACAUAAAAAAAAAAAGAUUGGCCUAUUUGGGGAUUGAAACAACUGUUCAGGGUUGUGUUUUAAUUGUUUCUGUAUGUGUGUGCGCCCUCCAGUGUUGGAGAACGAGCUGCAGGCCAGAAUCGACCAGAUCUUCAGCCAUUUGGAACGUCUGGAUAUCCUGGCCAGCAAAGAACCGCCAAACCGCCGUCAGAACGCCAAACUGUGAGUACUCAUAAACUGCAUCGUUGACCCAAAUCCGGCCAGAGAUGGCGUGGCGAUGAAUGUUUCAUAAAGAUGGGUGGGAACCGGGACGAGGUAGCAGCUAGAUGAAACAGGCAGUGUGUUGCCCUGUGGCGACGUGGCUCUGUGAAAACAUUCCCUUGGAAGCCCCGUCAUCACCGGCAUUCCUGACGUGUUGGGCAAGGCGUCACUUCAGAGCUGGGUAAACAGGCCUCAGGGGACACACUGCUGCGCCCCGUUCCACAGCUCUCCUCUGAUCUCAGGACAGCUACAGUACACUGGGGCCGCAGGGCUGAGCCACGAACAGGUGAUGCUCAGGAGGAGAGGGAGAGAGGGGUGGCGGGAGACUGGCCCUCAGGGGUUUCAGCCAGGUGGAGAAGUGGAGAAGUAUGUCAGAUGGGGAAGAAGGGAGGCAUGUUGACUUAUCUUAGUGACGAUAGAAAGCUUUUAUUGAGAACUAGAAGACAUCCAUACAGAGCAUACCAAGGGAGAUGUCAUGAGUUAGUGAAGGAGUGACUAAACCAUAGCCCUGAAAUGCUGGAUGGAGCUGGAGGCAAAGGCUGACAUUUUUACCCUGUGAGAUUUCCUCUGCCAUUAUUCGGCUGGGGUAAGAAGAAUGUGGUCUCUGUCUGUGUCCCGUCCGCAGGCGGGUAGACCAGCUGAAGUAUGAUGUUCAGCACCUCCAGACGGCCCUGAGGAACUUCCAGCACCGCCGCUACUCACGAGAGGCCCAGGACCGAGAGAGGGAGGAACUCAUGAGUCGUACCUUCACCACCAACGUCAGUAGUAGUGGCCCACUCCAAAACCACAUAUAAUCAUCAGCACUACAGUAAAGUCUAUACUCAUGUAAUGAUAACCUUUUAAAAAAUCACCUAAAACAUGCUUACAAACUUUGCUUGACACACCAUAACUGGUGUAACAUGGGCAAUAAAACCUAAAUACAUUUAUUGAGGGAACAUUGUUGAGAUGUUACCGGUAUUGUCCCCUACAGGAUGCAGACACCUCCAUCCCCAUAGACGAGACGUUGCAGUUAAACUCCAACCUGAACAACGCACACAGGGGCAUGGAUGACCUCCUGGGCAGCGGCAGCAGCAUCCUCACCGGACUCAGGGACCAGAGGGGCACGCUCAAGGUGUGUGUGUGUUUCCCCUUACGAAUCAAAUAUGAUUUGUCACAUGCUUUGUAAAGAACAGUUGUAGACUAACAGUGGAAUGCUUACAUACGCGCCUUUCCCAACAAUGCAGAGAGAAGAAUUAUAGAAAAUAAUAACACGAGGAAUAAAUACACAAUGAGUAAAGAUAACUUGGCUAUAUACACGGUACCAGUACCGAGUCCAUGUGCAGGGGUACGAUGUAAUUGAGGUAGAUAUGUAUGUUUAGGUAGGGGUAAAGUGACUAGGCAACAGGAUAGAUAAUAAGCAGUAGCAGCAGCGUAUCUGAUGAGUCAAAAGAGUGCAAAAUGCAGAUAGUUCUGGUAGCUAUUUGUUAACUAUUUAGCAGUCGUAUGGCUUGUGGGUAGAAGCUGUUCAGGGUCCCGUUGGUUCCAGACUUGGUGCAUCGGUAGCCGUGCAGUAGCAGAGAUAAGUCUAUCACUUGGGUGGCUGGAGUCUUUGACAUUUUUAUGGCCCUUCCUCUGACACCACCUGGUGUAGUCUUGGAUGGCAGGGAGCUCGGCCCCAGGAUGUACUGGGCCAUACGCACUACCCUCUGUAGUGGAUGCCAAGAGUUUGCAUCAGAUCCCAAUGGCACGUGUGAUAGGUCUGCAGCAUUGUCAAGAUGCUGUUUUUGUUGUUGACACCUUGCCAAGGAACACUGACCGUGACAGGGCAGGGCAGAUCGCAGUCGAUGUAAUCAGUAUUCCAAAACAAACUUGGCUGACCCAGUUUCUGUCCUCUGUAAUGAUCACUAUGUGUAGUAGAAGUGUGUGUGUGGUCGUCAGUAGCAGGCUGAGUACAUAUUUCCAGGGAGGAGAAGAGAUGGUGUUCCUGGUGGAGGCUGCUAUGGGCCUCCUGUUAUCAGGGCGUCUGGUGAUCAGAUGGGCUGGCCGUGAGAAACAGCUGAGGGAGGACAGAACGGCUGGGUGUGGUUCCUCAGACAGCCUCUCCCUAAUCAGUUGAAUGGAGCUUUGUCAUGACUAGGCUAAAUGCAGGUUAUGAUACUACUGUGCAUACAGUAUUCCCACAAACAAACAGCAAUGAAGCAGAAUAGCCAUUAAUAACUAACUUCAGCUUUUUCUUCAGGAAACAACAGCACAAUCAAUGGAACUUCAGCAGCUAAUGUUUGAUGGCUUUUCUCCUCUCUGUCUUCCCUAAAUCCAGGGGACCCAUAAGAAGAUGCUGGAUGUGGCCAACAUGCUGGGUCUGUCCAACACAGUGAUGAGGCUGAUCGAGAAGAGGGCCACCCAGGAUAAGUUCAUCAUGAUUGGAGGGAUGCUGCUCACCUGUGUGGUCAUGUUCCUGGUGGUCAAGUACCUGGGCUGACCAUGACCGCAUCUGCAACCACAGUUUUGCAUUGGUCUUGGACAUUUUUGCACAAUAAGCCCAUAAGAUACGUGAACGGUGAUAAAAUAAGCUUGUCUUCUAAUCGGAGGGUUCCUUGAAAGUAUUGGUUUACGAUCGGAAGGCAAGGAAUUAUCAGUCUUUUAAUUUCCAUGGGUUUUGCCACCCACUUCUAUUUCAACCACUCCGAGUUGUUUGCACCAGUAAAAUGGGUGUUAAGCGAGACAUAUACACUGAGUGUACAAAGCAUUAAGGACACCUUCAUAAUAUUGAGUUGCACCCCCCUCUUGCUCUCAGAACAGCCUCAAUUCAUCGGGGCAUGGACUCUACAAGGUG